AUGAGCAUAUAUGCAUGUCAGAAUGAUCACGGGAGUUAUGCUCUUAAUGGCACAUCUGUCACUACCAGUGCAGCUACUAAGACUGUAAACAGUAAUUAUAUGACGUUGGAGGGAUCGCUGCAUACUGAAUCUGUUUCAUCACAAACCGAAGCGACGGGUGUAGUAUGGCAUUCCAGCACGACGGCGAACAAUUUUUUUGAAGGAUUCGGUCCACAGCAUUCAGUAUUAACUCGAAAUAGUCUUUUGGAAUCUACUUUGCAGCAUUCAAUCGUAUCGGAUUUUUCUCUAUCUCAAACUGAUUCAUUUCAUCUCAAUGUCCCUGUGCAUGAAGAUGAAGAACGAGUAGGAUCGAUUAUGGAUGCUUCCAGUGGAAAGACAGGAUAUGAAGAGCAAACGGAGGAAGCUCCACCUUCAACAAGUUCCGAGCUUGCUGACCGAGAUGAUUCGGAUGAAGAUGGCGAGAUUGAUAUCCAAAUCCGAAAUGUUGUUUGUAAUUAUACACUUCCACUGCAUAUUGAUUUGCAUCGCGUAGCUUUAAAUUCCGGCAAUGUCGCAUUUGACCGAGGUCGAGGAGUUUUGUUGAAGCAGAAGAGAAAUCCUUCGUGUUACGUUAAAAUAUACAGUUCUGGAAAAAUUUAUAUUGUCGGAUGUCGCAGCGAAAGUGAAUGCAAACGUGCUGCCAGAGGUGUUGCGCGAAUGGUCCAAAAAACCAUGGGUAAGAUGAUGGACGUUGUUCGAAUUCGGAAUUAUCGCGUCUGUAACGUGCUUGCAACUUGUAAAAUGCCUUUUGGUGUAAAAAUUGAAGAACUAGCGCAGAAGUAUCCAGAUUGUUCUCAAUACGAACCAGAAUUAUCAGUUGGCCUCAUAUGGCCUGCAUCUGAAAGUGAUGUAAUGAAAGCAGUUGAAGUGAUUUAUCCAAUUGUCAAAGAAUUUCGGUGUGCUUUACGCUUGCGUAAUUCCGCUAUUUCGAAGCCCUCACGUAAGAGGAAGCAUGGGUCAUCUAAUAAUGCAAACAAAAGACCUCCUGCUAUGCAGCCUGGUUUACAUGGAUUGCAGCGGUUCCCGGCUUCCUCCGGAGUUUUUGGGAAUCGGAUUUACUUCAGUGAUGAAGAUGAUGAAGAAGAGGAUGAGUUUGAAGACGUGGUCUGA